AUAAACUGAACAACUGAUUAAAGCCAUACAGAGGACGUUGCUGUAGACAUAAUUCGUUAACUUAAGGUGAUUUAACAUGAAAGGAUAUUUAGGAGUACUUUUUACGCUGUACCUUGUCUAUUGUGUUGCGACACAGCAAUGUUCCAAAUAUCAUUAUGAGGAGCAAAUUUUAUCAAAGGUAACUCGAAUGGAACACAGACUAGAAAUGCUGGAGGAAAAAGUCAGUAAAGAAGUAAAAGUCUGCUCGCAUUGCCCAGAUGGAUGGAUAAAAUACAAAGGGUCAUGUUACCUCUUCGUGGAGAAUAAACUUUCAUUUGAUGCCGCACAAGCAAAUUGUCAAUGUCUUCACGGUCAUUUGGUGCAUAUAGAAAACGAGAACGAAAAUGCCUUUCUUAGAAAUCAUCUUCGUACCUUAAAAGAUUCUCUCAUGUGGAUCGGACUAACAGAUUCUGAAACAGAAGGCGUCUUUAAGUGGAUUGACGACAGCUCUACGGUGUCUUUUACAGACUGGUCUCCAAAACAACCUGAUAAUUCUGGGAAUAAAGAAGACUGCGUAGAAUUCUAUCCAGAUUUAAAAUGGAAUGACCGAAACUGUGAAGCUUCCCUGAGAUCUAUUUGUGAAAAUAAACUAAAACUUACAUUACAAUCAUAACCAGAAUAAAAAAUUCAUUUCACUUAAUGAGAAUGAAUCAUACUAAUUUUUAUUAAACAUUUGUAAAUGAGAUACAAAUUUAAAAUGAUUUUAUUUGAACUUCAUAAAAUAAAUUAAAAAUAAAUAAAGAUUAAGAUUAAAUAUAUAUAAAAACGCA